GCUUUAAUCAAUGAUAAUAAUAAUAAUAAUAAUAAUAAUAAUAAUAAUAAUAAUAAUAAUAAUAAUGAUAAAACUGAAAAAAAUGCAAGUACAAAGACCUAGAACUAGAAAUACAGAGAAUGUGGCAUAUGAAAACCGUAGUGAUCCCUGUGGUUGUUGGUGCGCUUGGUACAGUGAAGAAGGGUAUGGUAUAGAAAACAUCAAGAAAGUAUCAGAAAGAGCUAAUAUGACAAAGAUUCAAAAGAUCUGCAUGAUGGGAUCUGCACGAAUCCUCAGAAAGGUGAUCAGUGUAUGAACAGAAUGAUUGACUUGAGUGACUGACGUUCUAGGUGCAUGGUUUGCGCCCGGCUGAUGCACAAAAAGAACACCAGCAAAGACUGUGAUAAUAGAGACAAUAAUAAUAAUAAUAAUAAUAAUAAUAAUAAUAAUAAUUUCUUUUUAAUAAUAAAUAUAAUAGUUUUAUUGAACUUUAAAAAAAUAUGUACAUAAUUUACAGAAAUACUUGCAGUAAGAAUUACGCACUGUAUAAUAUUAAGAAUUAUAUAAAUUAUAAAAAUAGCAAUGACUGUGUCAAUAACGAUUUCGCAAAUACAUUCCUUGCGGCUCAGAUGCGGUUAAUGACUCUUGCAGGCAGUCCAGAGUUUUAAAAUCAUUAAAGUCAUUACAAAAGAGAGUUAUCCGUUUCUGAUAUUAAAAAGAAAACAAGUUGAAAAGAAUAAAACCUCGUAUUCCUAAAUUCCAAAUUCUUUAAAAAAAGAUCCUUAAAAAGAUUAAUUCGGGCAGGCUCUAAUACAAUCGAUCUGUAGGUCUGAGUCAACAAAGUCUAGCUGUCGUCGCCUGGAUCUUGAGCCUCCAAGCAUAGUAUCGCAGAACGUACGAUGGCUAAAGAUACUUUAGCUCUUAUCCAGGAAAUUGCGCUUGAGUAACUUUCUCCCUUCUUAUUUCGAUCAGCUCCGCAAGUCUGCUGUGGUACUUAACACACUCAUCCGCCAUUCCACCUGUGGUCGUAAAAAUUAGGGGAGUGAACGUUCCCUGUUCGAUCUCCAUUACUCUUUCCGCAUACUUCCUCUUCUUCUCUUUCUCAUGCUUCCUGUAGACCUGCUUAGGAGUCAAGUCCCUGUAAGAGUCUGCAUUAGGGGGACACACCCAAAAGUCCAAGAAUGCGGAUCUCUGUCUCUCCUAAAAACCUCGACCAGGAAUAUCCAAACGGGCAUCAGGUGCUUUGUUAGCGCCAUGAUUUAAUGUCUCCCCAGUGACUUCCUGAAGGACAAGCUCUACUUCCACAUCAUUACAGACCAUCCCUAGCAUCUUUGCUUCCAAGUCGCGCAGACCAUUGUGGCGCUGGAUAAUGAAGCCGCCGCGCUGACACACCAUUGCGUGAUCCACGCAUGCGGAGAGCAUGGGCGUGUCUGUUAUUUCCCAGUCGUACCGUAACUUUAUUGCAUCUCUAAAUUCCCUCUUAUUCAGAUGAUAAUCCAACUCUUUGAGGGGAAUCACGGUCAGCCAAUUUGAUGAUCACUUCUCUGUAGCUAACUCAGCAGCUCGCCUAGCUCUCUUUUUUUCCACAGGGAGUUCUUCACUUGCUGCAGCCUCUCACUUAGUCAUGUUUUUGUUUUCGUGUGCUCAGUUGCAGUGUUUAAAUUUCUGAAGCAUCUGGAGGCUGGUGCUCUUGCUCAACGAUUCGCCUCACGAGCGGAUUAGUAACUUUGAUUGAAGCCUCGUUUUCAGAAGAUCAGGUCACAACAGGCUCUGUAAAUCCAAGGCCUCCCAUGCGCACAGGGUCACAGCAAGGAGGUCGCGCUCUACUUAAGUGACUGUAUGGUAAGUGACAGCUGGUAUGAGAACCUCAUUAAUCGCGCGCUUGAGUGGCUCACGUAAUUCUGCAAUAUCCGGUAAUGUUCUUAGAAAAUAUGUCCAACGGUGCCGCAUACCAAAAAUGAAGGUUGCAUAGCAGGCUUGAGGCUGUGAUAUGGCGAAAUCUGCGAGUUUAGUAAUUUCAUUGACCCAUUCGGCUACGUUCUCGCCAACAUAUUCUUCAAGGAACGAUCUAGAUCCUACAGCCUCGCCUAAGUGCUUGUGGCCCUCUGUGGUGACGUUAAUAGCAGUGUCUCCAAAGACCUCGCUGGCAACCUGUUCUCGUUCCGGUUUGAUGAUCAACCAACAUUUCUUGGCAUUAGGGAAGUAACCCAUGGGAGGGCCACUAUCUGAUAGUUCAUCCCACCAUUUCUUCACGUCUUUCAGGGAACCACUUCCGGUUGCGUCAUCAGCAAACCAACACUGUUUUGCUGCGCUUCAAACGUGCAGUCGUGUUAUAAGUGGUUGAAGUCUUAUGGCUUAUAGGCUCAUGGACAGAGGUUCACCCUGUGUGAUGUCCUCUGUUGAUAUUAGUUCCUCACCGCCUGUAAUGAAGAGAGUAGUACAGCUCUGUUCAGGGCGUUAAAGGCGUUUGAUGCAUCGAUUAACAGAACAGCAUCCGUUUCAUCCGCAUCGGAGAUGCUGCUCAUUGCAUGAAUUGCAGCUUCACUUCUACUUUUGUGCCCUGCACAAACUUGAAGGGAGCCACUUGCGUCAAUGACAUCAGGCUUUGUCACAUGCAUAACAAACUUUCUUAUUAUCAUCCGUAUAACUUAUCCGACACCGAUCUGCCGGACAGCGCCCUCUACUUUGUCCAGGGGGAUGAGUCGAUUCGCUAAAAUUGCCUCAAUACCAAGAGGGUCGAUAAAUUCAGUGCACAAGCGUCGGGUCAUUGCGGCUAUUGCUGCACACAGGUCUGUUCCAGAUUUCUUCAAUGACUUUGAUGCAAGAACUCGCCGGAACCCAUUCGCAUCGACGCCCGAUGGACCCCCAGAACCUUUUGCUCGCAGAGCCGCAUCCCGUACCAUUUACCCAUUUAUCUGUUGGUAAAUUGAGUCUGGAACAUUUUCGUCUGACCCGAAAAGCAAAGAUCUAAAAUGGGCUUCCUGUGGACUUGGAUGUUUCUCUCUGAGCUGUCCCAUGACGUUAUCACUUAGAGGCAGGAUGCACCGCCCCCAUCGUUUUCACUGAGAUAACGCAAGGCCGAGUUGAUUUGCCCUGACGUAACAAGAUUCGCAAAAACUCUUGCUGCAUUAGGUGGAUCAACCCUCCGAGAGUUGCUGAGGCGCUUUGGAAUCAUCCGUUUUUCGCCCAGGGAUUUGUCGAUUUCACCCUCUUUCCUCAGUAUCAGUCACUUAGCCAAACACUCUUGGUGAUCCUUAGCCUUUGAUUUCUGGCUAGGCUUUUGUAAGCCGACUGCAAGAAGUACAAUCGCUGCUUUAAGAGGAAUGGGCUUCCUUUUUGGAUCUGUUACUCCAAUCGUUUAUAUUCUCUGUCAUCUUAUCAAUAAACCCCUUCCAACUUUUCCAUACAAGACAAGAAAAGUAUUUUUCCGGCAUUUUGAGAUCUCAUUAUAUGCAUUGUCAAUGGUUGACAAGCUGACUGUUAUAGUUCUUCCAUCAGCAUGCUGGCCCCACACAAAAGUAGAUGGUGCAUUAAUUGCUUCAUAAUUCGGCAAACAACCCUGCCCGUCAUUUAAAGCAUUUUCCGAGGCUGAGUGAUCGCAAUGCUCUGGGGUUUGUAUAGCAGACAUAUGCAAAUCCAGCAUCAACUGAUUUGCAUUUUGACUUGGCUUGCCGCCAUUGUUUUGGUCUUGACUGUAUUCAGCUUUUUAAUAAUAAAGAUAAUAAUAAUAAUAAAGAUAAUAAUGGUAAUAAUAACAAUAAUGAUAAUAAUAAUAAAAUAAUAAUAAUAAUAAUAAUAAUAAUAAUAAUAAUAAUAAUAAUAAUAAUAAUAAAAAAAAGUGAACAGAAGGAACAAAAGCAAUAAAGAAGAGCCCUGAUGCAACGAUGAAGGAAAUAUGUAAAGCACAGGCAGGUGAAAUAAGGAAGAAUAUUUCAAUCGCCGCGCCCGAAAUAGAAAGACUAAGAGCCAAUCGAAAACUCAUUAGUAAAGGCAAGAAGAACAGAGCUAAACUCUUGAAAAAUUGCAAGUCGCUUUCGAUAGCUGAUUUAGUCGUCUACAUGGAGAAGGAAAAAUCAAAGUUGCGUAAACUAAAGAGAAAUUUUUGGCGUGUAAAGAGGUUAGAAGAAGCUAGGAAGAUUAACCAGAAAUUUCAUGCAGAUCCUAAAAGUAUAGACGCCACUUUUGGAAAAAUGUUAGAAAGCCAGGCGGAUAUUGACAAACCAAAGUGCGACAGAGUAACGUAAGGGACACAGGUCAAUAACCAUACAUUCACUAACAUUGAUGAAGCGUGUAGUUUCCGGAAAAGUCUGUGGGAAGAAAAGGGGAGCGGAGACACGAAAGCAGAAUGGAUCGAGGAGGUUAGAGAGGCAAUAGAAGACCUAGUACCGGAAGUACCGACUGAUGACUGGAAUCUGAAUGCUGAACAAGUUAGGAAGAUCAUCAAGAAAAAGGAAAACUGGUGCGCACCACAUAAAGAAAUAGCCACUUGUUUCCAGGCCACUACUCAACUUGAAGAUCUUCAGUUUCCCUUAUGAUUUUCGGAAGGCCAGACAACUCUGAUUCCCAAGCCUGGUGAGUUCAGAUGAACGAUGGGUUUCAACUUAAGUACGAUCAUUUCAUUUUGUAAUUAAGACGUUCAUAAAGCUUUUAGUUUUUUUAAAAUUCAUUUAUUCAAUUUUUAUGACACUCUUAUCAAAUCAUUUUUACCCAGGUUUUUUUUUAUUAAUUCAUUAAUUUAUUUUUUUGCGCAAAUUAUUGUGUAAUUGUUGCCAUAAAUUUUAGUCGAUGCUGCGGCUGGUUACGGUUUGCCGCCCAGCCAAAGCUUUUAUUUUUUUACUCCGGGCAUCCAGACGUUUGUACUGCCAUAAUAAUAAUAAUAAUGAUAAUGAUAAUGAUAAUGAUAAUGAUAAUGAUAAUGAUAAUGACAAUGAAAAUAAUAAUGAUAAUGAUAAUGAUAAUGAUAAUGAUAAUGAUAAUGAUAAUGAAAAUGAUAUUGAUAAUAAUAAUGACAAUGACAAUGACAAUGACAAUGACAAAGAUAAUGACAAUGACAAUGAUAAUGAUAAUGAUAAUGAUAAUGAUAAUGAUAAUGAUAAUGAUAAUGAUAAUGAUAAUGAUAAUGAUAAUGAUAAUGAUAAUGAUAAUGAUAAUGAUAAUGAUAAUGAUAAUGAUAAUGAUAAUGAUAAUGAUAAUGAUAAUGAUAAUGAUAACGAGACCAGCAGCUAUAUUGUAA